AUGUUCUUUGCAAGGAAUGACUUUUGUGUGGCUGAUAUAGUAAUCAACUAUCAGUCUAAACCAUCUGAAAUUCAGGAAGAGAGAGAGACAGAAAAAAGGAGUGAUGGAGAAGAAGAUGAUGAAGAUAUGAUAGAGGAAGAUAUGGAGGAGGAAGAUCUGGAAUACAUUCAAUCUUUAGGAGGAAAAUCAGCUUUUCUUUCAAAUAUAGAAGACAGCAUGCCAGAAUCUUCCAAGUCGCGCAAGGGAAAGAAACAGGAAAAAGAUAACAAGGUAGCUUCUUAUGAGGAGCAGCCCCGUAGCAUGAAGCGUAGAGAUGGUCAGCAAGCUACCAAUAUGAAACCACUUCUUCCUAUCAAACAUGCAGGAGGUCUAGAGUAUAGAUGGACAGAGGAAGAGAAGGAGGAAGAAGAAGAAGUAAUGGAAGACGGAGAUGCAGAGGAAGAGAUUGAGAUGGAACAGGAGAAUGAUACAAGCACGCUGCCUGCCAUCACUACAAUACAGCUCUUUGCAGAGCGACAGGAUAAAAUCAAUCAGAAGAAACAACGUAUUGCAACAUUGGCCAGUGCAAUUGUCGAGGACCCUGAAAAAAAUGUAACUAAACUGAAGGAUUUGAGGAUCCUUUUAGAAGAAAGGGAGCCCAGUAUUAUGGUGACGACUAGGAAGCUAGCCAUGGUGUCCCUUGGUGAGGUCUUUAAAGACAUUGCUCCAGGAUAUAGGAUCAGAGAAUGGGGAGAUAAGGCUAAAUCAUCACAACCUCAGGUAAUCACUUAACUAAGAUGGGAAAAAGACCACAACAUCAGGUAAUCAAUUAAGAUAAUGCUAAAUCAUCACAUCAGGUAAUCAACUAAGUUAGGAGAUAAGGCUGAAUCAUCACAACCUCAGGUAAUCACUUAAAUGAGAUGGGAAAAAAAUCAUCACAACCUCAGGUAAUCACUUAAUUAAGAUGGGAGAUAAGGUUAAAUCAUCAUAACCUCAGGGAAUCUCUUAACUAAGAUGGGGGGAAAAAUCAUCACAAUGUCACAAUAAUUAUUGCCCGCAAUAGAAUCAUUGGCCAAAGUCAUUAGAUGAGGGCAUUAGAAGAGCAAUAUAUUUUAUUUUCCCAGAAUGAAAAGCCUGUCAAUAUUGUAUCACUAUCCAAAUCAGACAUCUAGAGAAAAAAUUGUAAAAAAUUAGAUAUCUUACGCUUUAAGAAUGGGAAUCUAUUUUGUCAUGUUGAGCAGACUGGGCCUCUGAACUUUACCAUUGUGACUUGAUUGAAAUAAUAUGUCCCUGGCCUGGGGUCGCAGUAUCCAGCCUUGUCUCAUCUUGGUUAACAUUAUGAUGUACAUCGCUGCACGGUUCAGUAGGACGCGUAUUCGGACGUGGAUGUUAGCUCUGCCUUAUUGCCCGCUACAUGUCCAUGCAUUUUCUCAUUGGCUUUCCUGAGCAGGCAAUAAUUUGGGUCCUUGGAUAAACAAUUGAAAAAUUAUUGACCUACCAUUUGAUCACAGUCAUAAGCAGGUAAUUAUACUGCAUAAUGAAGUUAUUUACUACGAUGAUAGUGGAGGCAACACUUAUAAUGGUGGUAGUGAUGUGACCUUUAUUCUAAAAACGU